AUGUGGAAUAAGGUGGAAAGAAUUAUACUCGACAGUGCUAUAGAAAUACUAGAACGGUCAAAAGGAAGUAUACCUACUGAUAAGGAAACAUGGUGGUGGAGCAAAAAUAUCCCAAAUGUUAUGAAGAAAAAGUUUAUUAAAAACGUGAAGAAAGCCGUUACUAUGGGAAAAGACUCUAAUGAAAGAGAAGGACAAAAGAUAAUCUACAAGUUAGAGAAAGCUAGAGAUCGGGUGACAAAGGACAUUACCAAAACGAAAAUCAUUAAGGACGUAAAUGAAGAACCAAUAUGUGAUGAAGAGUGGUUUUAA